GCACAUUAUUUCACUAUACCACCCAAAUAUAUUACUUUUAUUAUCAAGCUUUUACUGAUAGGAACCUAUUGAUUGAGCCUAGUUUCUUCAACUAAAAUGGAAGAAAAUUUACAUUAUUGCAACUUAGCAAUCACAUUAAUUGCUGUUCUCGCGUUUUCUCAUAUUCAUUACAGAAUUUGGACAUUGGAAUCCGAAUGUCAAUCUCUCACUGAACUAAAUUUUCGUUCCAAACGUGAUAUUCCCCUAUCAAGAGGCAAAAAUGCUUCAGACAUCCUGUGGCUAACAUCCUUGUCUUCUGUAAAAAUUGGAGAGCUAAUGCACAAAUGUACUGAAAUUCAUGAAUACUGUAGUGAACAAGACGACGUGCGCGGGAAACCGGGCCCUGUUGGACCUGUAGGCCCACCUGGAAAGAGUGGACCUGCUGGACCACAAGGACGAAGAGGGUUAAUGGGAAUCCCAGGGCACCCUGGACCUGUGGGACCACCUGGAAAUAUUGGAAAAGAUGCGGAUUGUUCUUCAUGCCCGAUUAGAGAUGAGCUGUUGAUGGAAAGGGAGUUCAAAUGUCCUACUAUUGAAAAUCUGGAAUGCCCGAACAGAGAAGCCAUUCCAACAACUCCCUGGCCUUCAGUCACACAUCAACCAAUGCCUGGAUUGGUUCAGCAGAUCCUUUCCAACUACAGUGAAGUCGAGGGAUGCGUGAAAAUAUGUUUGAAAAACUACACUCUCGAUGAAGAAAUUGAAGAGACCAUUACGACUCCAGUUGCAUAUAUUCAAGGAGUUACUGCCCAUUGCCGACUUCAAAACGUUGGAAAACCUGUGUUCCAUUCUCAUUCUACAACAUAUUAUGGAAGCUGGAUGAGAGAUGCAUACCCUCCAACCGGCGAUGACGCUAGAAAACGAUACGUAAUGAACCAUUUCCAAGGCCACGAGCUCAUCGAAUUUAGGAAUGAAGCUGAAAUGCGACGGGACCAUGUCGGAAAAGUCCAUCGCCUUCCAUAUAUAUUCGAUGGAACAAAUCAUGUUAUUUUCAAUGCAUCUCUUUUCUAUCAAAGAGCAGGAUAUCCAAUUAUUGCAAAAUACGAGUUCAACUCGAAACAGUACUCACAGUUUGAAAUACCGGGAGCAGCUUAUCGUGGGGAUCAGUACCUUUAUAAUAAUUCGAUGAAUUAUUUUGACUUGGCAAUCGAUGAAAAUGCACUUUGGGUCAUGUUUCACUAUCAGGAAGAAGCUUUCUUAUCAGUAGCUAAAGUGGAUAUAAAUAAUUUGACAAUUUAUGAGGCAUUCAACCUCACGACAGUAAAUCAUACAGAUGUUGCAAAUGGAAUCGUCGUUUGUGGAACAAUUUAUUUGGUGGAAAGUGCAUCAGAACAAUCCACGUAUAUCUCUACGGCAUACGAUUUCUACAGAAACACAUACUCCCAACCUUUGAUUAAAUGGAUUAAUUUGUACAAGAACGCCAAUAUGAUUAGCUAUAAUGCUUAUGAUAAGAGAAUUUACAUCUACGAUCAUGGUUAUAUGCUCUCUGUACCUCCACUUUUGCAUUGGCUGGCUAAAUAAUUUGUGUAGUACAUAGUUCAUUUACUAUAUUUUAAAAUAAAUUCAGUUUUAUUCGAGAAAUAUAAAGUAAUUAAUU